AAAACACAUGGCAUUCAACGCCCCUUGUCUUGUCCUCCAUCGCCUCCACUCUGACUCUGACCUCCUCUUCCUCUUUCUCAACGCCCCAACCCGUUCCGCACACGAUGGAUCUGGAGAUGGAAGAUGAGAGCGUACGCAUCGCAGUUCGCGCGCUGGGUGCUAUGCGCAGCAGUGGUGGUGGGGGUGCCAGCGCCAGCGCCAGCAGCAGCAGCGGCAGCGGCAGUAGUGCACACAAAGGUGCAGGGGAGGCUGCUGCUCAUACAUCCAAUCGGUCAGCCCAGACUCCCAGCUCGAGCACGAGCACGAGCACGAGCCAUACCCCAGCACUAUCCCUAUCCAUGUCCAACCGCUCCAUGACGACACUCUCAUCACCACCCACGCCUCCGCCGACAAUGGAAGAGGACGACGAUAGCGGCAGCAAGUACCCCUCGUUAGCACGCAUGCAGAGCCUGCCCCUUGUUAGUGGUGCACUUAGAGUGUACGAAGCCGGUAAGGCGAACUCUCGGGUUGUGCAGUAUACGUCCGAGCUCGUAAGCUCUUCUCUCCGUCACGCGAGCAGCCGGCUCCCGCUCGGAUCUGGAGAACGUAUCGAUGAAUUUGCCGGAGGCGUUCUUGACCGGAUCGACAGAUACCGCGGUGCAACCCCCGUUCCAGCAACCUCACGCCGCGAUAAGGGCUCGGACACACCUGAAUCACCCGGAGUAGAACGCGCUGGUAAUCCGGGUAAGCGGCGAUGGGAAGGACCGGAAGAAGGCGGGGACGUACCACCGUGGAUGCAAGCGACAUCCCCAUUCGUGCCGGCGCCUCCGCCUCCGCCUGCUCAUCGCGACCGACGGAAGAUUGAUGUCGACAGUACAAAUACGAGUCCGACUUCGAGCAACGCCGGGGAAGAGAGACAAGUGGCGCGGAGAAGCGGCUGGCAGGCAAUGCUGCUAGAAGCUGGUGGAUUGAGCGCGGCGCUCAGUGAUGAGAGCAUGCGGAAGUUGCGAUAUUGCUUGCAGUGGUUACAGUAUGCGACACAACACAUCGACGCCCAGAUCCUCAUUCUUCGCGAUUUCAUCGCUUCAUUACCGGGCCACCCAUCAUCAGCUUCUGCUGGGCCUGAAGUCACGGCGGAACAUCUCCGCACAUUGACGCAUCUGCGAACGGACAUCGUUCACACCGUCCGACAGGUCGUGAGUGUCGUGUCCAAGUACGCCGGGGGAGCUCUCCCUGAACCGGCCCGCGGCCGCGUGCGCGGAUUCAUUCUCGAUCUGCCCAAGCGAUUCAGUGCCGAGGCGCCGAGCGGGGGAGACGCCAGCACAGUAACGGGCGUCAGCCUGACGGGGACGGGGACAGCGGCUCGUCGAGGCGCCCGCCGAGAGCGCGGUUCUGCUGCAGCCGAAUCGCCGCGCCCCGUCAGUCCCAUCGCAUCGCGGCCUGGGAGCCCGCACCUGCAUAUGCGCCCCGCGCAUCACCACGCAGGCCAUCACCGCCGGGGCGCAUCGAACGGCAGCACGGCCGUCGAGGCUGCGCAAGCCCUGACGGCCGCUCAGCGCGUCCUGGUGCUUGCGACGGAGAGCCUGGAUAUGAUGCGGGGUGUGACGACUGUCGUCAGCGAGAGCUUGGACCGCGCGGACGCCUGGGUAGACCGAUUGCGCACGGUGGGGAUCCAGCGCGGCAUGGAUGGCCUCAACCUCCCGGACCGGCCCGGCUCCGGUGCGACCCCCGCUUGGGAUCGAUCUGGGACAGCCAGCCCGGGACCAUCUUCCGCCGCAAGCCCGGGGGCGUACUCGAGCGCCCCGAGUCCUGGUAUCGGACUGGGCGCCAUGAGUCUGGGUUCGAGGUACUCGACGCCCCCUCCCGAAGACGCGGAAGACGACCCAUCUCACUCGCGACGCGGCGGGACCCGCAUGGACGUCGACCAGGCCAGUGCGUGAGGCCGAGCAGGACGGACGGACUACUACGCAUAAUCUCUCACUGAUGCCCAAACUUAUUUACUUGCUAUUGCCACUUGUAUUUACCCCUUGUGCACAUUCCCUCCAGAUACACUAUCUCCACCGCUAAAUAACAUUAACACACGCAGAUAUCGAUAUGUAGCGACGAUAUCUCCCGGAAUCUGCGGGGCUCCCGCGCCUUUCCGCUUGCGGUCUAGCUGACAGACA